UGCAAACGAACAAGAGCAGUAAGUUAAAAGCCUGCUUUUAUGGAAGAAAUACGGUCCUUUACGACAAAUGCCCCCCAUUUUUUAUUUUUUAUUUUCACUCUUAUCUCACACAAGCUGUGGUGGUUAGCACGAUGACCUUUGGAGGUGUGAUUAGGACAAUUCCCCUCUCCUGGGUCAUAAAUAAAACAACAUCACUACCCGCCCUCUCAACUCAACAUCUUCUCAAAAGGGCAUCUCUGGCUUUCUGCUGGCCUUCUGCUUUCACUUCAGUUACUAGGAUCAUUCCACGCCCCUUCUUCUGGGUGGGGUCUCAGGGAGUCGAGCGCACAACAUGAGCCCAAGGGCUAGGUCUAUCAUGGCAUCCCCAAUUAUUUCUCAUCCUCCAAAAAGCCUGCCUAAUCCGAGAAUAUUAACAUUCUGAUCAAGUCAACAGGACGCUUAUUACCAAGUGACUAAGCAUGGUAGUGGCAAUUCUGGUGUCAACAUCAGCAAAUCAAAGCCUGUAUGCAUGAAUGGUGGUUCCCAGGUCAGCUAUCUGUGUUUCUGCCUCUUCAUAUUUUAUAAUCAAAAGCUGUUGAGCUGGUACUUCAAAAAGUGCCAUAUGGCAACCCAUGUGAAUUAUAUGCUUUUGAGAUUAUAUCAUUAGCCAACAUGAACUUUAUGAUUAUAUCCCCUAAAGCUAACGCAUUUUUUAGGGGAUUUACAGCUAAUGAAAGGCGGGUGUUGCCAGCCUUGCUCUUAUUGUUUCAUACAUAAAAGUCCCUCAAACCUCUUUCAUCCCCACCUACUCUGUGGAAACCACUGCAACCCAUCGAGGAUCCCCCAUCUCAAAAACCUUGAUGUACAUAGUUCGGAAGUGGGAUACUCCCAUUUAAUCUACAGUUCCUUUUAAAUUAAAAAAUAAAGUCUAAAAUGUUAUGAUAGCGUACACAUUGCAUCCAAAACCCUCGAAUUAAGCACAUGAAGCAAAGCAUCCCUUAUUAACAAGUCUUCAAAAUGUUAUUCUAAAAUCUCCUUCUUUUUAUCACGGCAUAAAAAGCUACCGCUCCAUUCACAUCAAUCCCCAUGCCAAACUUUCCUUCUCCUUUUCCUUCCAUCACGGAAAAGAAAUGCUUUUUGUGGAGCGCCACAAACAAACCCUUGAUUUAGCUCAUUUCUUCCUCAUCUCUCUCCAAAGUGAUGCUCUACAAGUUGUUUAAAAAGUAGGCCUUUCUUUAGAAACAAUACUCCAAUAAAUUUAACCCCCUUAUACAUAGGAAUAUAUGAACAGAACCCAAGAGUUCACUAAUAACUAACUUGAUGGGAUGUAUGAGUAAUAAACACAUGGCUUGGAUGCCGUUUUUUGGAUUGACACCAAGGUAUUUGAUGUUCACUAGGUUUAUGUUUUUCUGUUGACAUUAGAUGUUGCAGCAAGAUGUGAUAUGUUUGACAUUGAAAAUUAUUCUCUUGGAAUCUACUGAAUAAGGCGUGGAUUUCAAGUGGUUAACACUCCCACCCCACCGCAGAGGCCUUGUAGAAGAGGAAAGGAGAGGCAUGUGAGUGAGCAAGUCUUAUCAGCAUCAAACUUUUUUAACCGUACAAAUUGAAAACAAUAUGCCCAUGAAUUCUGAUUGAUGAUAGUAAUGGUCAUGCAUAUUUUUUAGAAUCUUCAUUUGAUUUGUCAUCUUGAAAUCUUCCAUUCCACAUGAGCAGUCCUUUGCAGUGCUGUAAGUCUGUAACCCACCUAACACUGUGCCGCCGGCAGAAUUCUAUUAAUGUACAUUUUAAUAUCUGAUUUCUGUUAAUUAAUGCACAUGAUUAUCUCCUUAAAAUUGUUGUACCUCUCCCACAUGGCACACCGCCUAGCAGGCUAACACAAAUAAAAAGAUGCUGUCUUAAGAAAAUCUCGACCACUAAAAUUUGUUUCUAGUGAGGAGAAUGGUCGUGUAUUUAUUAUGAAUUUUCUCUUUUAUUAACCUAUUUUAAGAAAUAGAAUUUUCAGAAGAUAGAAAAAAUUCAUUAAUAAUAUAAUAAGGCCACAAGGACCUUUCAAUUUGAAUUGAAACGCUUUGUAAUUGAAAAAUGGAUGGCAACAUGUCCAAAAUGGAAAGCAAUAUAAUUUUAAAUGUGUUGGGCGGGACUCAGAUGCGGGCGAGCACACGAUGGCAAAUUGCGCCGUGGAGCGCCCGUCAUUGGCUUUUCUACUUCCACGUCACACGUCAUUAUCGGGCCCCUCUGUGAACAGACCACCUAACUAAGGCCACGUAAGAGACUAUGGACACGUGGCAGAAGAUGGGGAGGUGUCGUUUUUAUGAACAGCUUUUUUGCGCCCAUACGUAGCCUGGUGGCCGACCCUGUGCCUACGUAGAGACGCAAAGAAGAUCCAAAGUGGCGUAAGCGCCAAACCCACCUAAAUCCAAGGGUGGAGAAAGAACUUGAGCCACCACGCUUGAUCGAAGCCGUAGGUGGGGGGAGAGUAUUAGCUGAUUUGUUUAUGAGACUUGUCCUUUAGUCUAGGUUGUUGAAUUUCUAAGUCGCAAGUCGUCUAAGCCUCUCUGGUUCUCUCGUUGUUCUCGGCAAAUUCUCCAUCAUCAGCAGCAGCAGAAGAAUCUAACGGAAUUCCCGGAAACAAUCACAUUAUUUUCAGUACCCAUUUCUUCAUAUUCAGCAGCAAUCUUUAUGGUAAUGUAGAACAUUUGUCUGUCCAAAUUCACUUCUCUUUCCCUCUAUAGAAAAACAAAUAUGCUUGCAAGAAAGCAACUCAUUCCGUUGCAUUUUUCUUAAAUUGCAUUCCCCUUAAACCUUUCUCAGAUACCAAACAGUGCCUGACUCUCUCCCUGAAUUCCAUUUAAGGGUUCAAAACAAGAGGCAAUGCCGGUUCCACCGUGGCUGGAACCAUUGCUCACCACACCCUUCUUCUCCAUCUGCCGCACCCAUGGAGAUGCGGCCAGGAGCGAAUGCAACAUGUAUUGCUUGGAUUGCAGUGGCGACUCCUUUUGCUUUUAUUGCCGCUCAUCUAGACACAAGGAUCAUCAAGUCAUUCAGAUAAGGCGAUCUUCGUACCAUGAUGUAGUGAGAGUAGCAGAAAUUCAGAAGGUAUUGGACAUAAGUGGAGUUCAGACGUAUGUGAUAAACAGUGCGAGAGUUCUGUUUCUGAAUGAGAGGCCUCAGCCAAAGACUGGGAAAGGAGUUUCUCAUAUAUGUGAAACCUGUGGAAGAAGCCUCUUGGACCCAUUCCGUUUCUGUUCAUUGGGAUGUAAGCUUGUAGGAAUAAAGAGAAAUGGGGAUGCAAGCUUUAGCUUAGAGGCGAAGAAUGAGAUGGCCAUGGAAAGAGGAGAAGGGAUAUCAAGGAGAGAAUCGUCAAGGGAUGAAGAUGAAUUGCGUGAAGGCUUACAACAAGACAUUUACCCGCCCACGCCUCCUCCACCUCCUUCAAGUGCAAGGAGAAGAAAAGGCAUUCCCCAUAGGGCACCCUUUGCCUCCUAAUUGCCCUUAAAAAACUAAUAUACCCGACUCAUCUUUUUCUUUCACAAAGUACUCUUUGGGAGGGGUUUCCUUGUCCUAAUGUGGGGUAGGGUACCCUUUGGGUGGGGGUGACCAAAUACAAAAGGGUAAGUGUGCUUCCCUUUUUGGUUUGGGGCCCAAACAACAAAUUCUCUCUUGCGGAGAUGCAAUAAUGCACAAUUGUUAUUGAUACUUGCAAGGUGUACAUUUGAUUAAGAAAUUAAAGCAGCUCAUUGUGGACUC